AUGUUCUUUGCUGGAGGUACCUUCGGGGUAGAGAGUGAGGCCCGCGACGCCAACAAACGCCCCUCGGGUCGCCGUCACCAAGCGCGCGACAUGGCCGAACUGCAGGCUACAGUUGAUGCCGGCGAGGGCGUGCCGCCGGCGCCGGCGGAGGGGACUCGUUGCGCAGCGGCACAAAGGCAGAUGGCGACUGGACCGUCGUUUCUCGACCGCAUGUACGAGCACAACUCGGCUGUCGUGGAAUCGGCCCACACGACGCGCCGCCGCGGAUCUGCACCGGCGGACCACCUAAACAUCUUCUCGUGGCACGACACAGCCCCUGCAUCUCGCCCGCCUUACCAGGGUCGCCAGGUGGCGGCUAGCGGAUCUCGCGCAACCCAACCCGUGAACACCACAGCACCCGUGCCCACUGCCGAGGACAGGCGGGCGGAGGAAGCAAGGAAGUUCGAGACGAGCAGCGAGAGCGCAUUCUUGCGCUUCGUCGAUGCCCCGAAGACGCAGUUCCGAGCUGAGGCUGGAAACCGUGGCGCGCGCACCGGUGCUGUUUCGGGGAAGCCCGCCACAUCUCUGCCGCCUUGCAGCGACAUGAUGGGGAAUCUGACGCGCGAGCAACCGUCCAAACCGCGCGGGCGGCGCGGGCAGGCGGCCACGCCCACCGGCAACCGAUCCAGUGUGCCGGAGGAGUCCGGCGUAGCCGGCUUCCCCGGGAUGGGCCAGCGCAGCAUCCCUCGCGGCCUGCCGCAUCUCACGCGCAAGCCAGCGCAGUCCAAUGUCUUUCCAUCACCCACUCCGAAUUUCAUGCAGCAGGAAGACCUCGGUCAAAGGGAAGAUGCUCGUGCACCACCAGCACCGAAGCCGGCGCCGAAGGCCAAGUGCAGCCCGCACUAUUACAUAGACGAUGACGACUACGAGAAUCACCGCCCCACGAACGCCUUCGAGACGGAGGCGUACAACCAGCAGCCGUGCCAGCAAGAGAUCAGGAUGUACGACGAAAAUGAAUAUGACGACCACGAUCAAGCACGCGCAGGCAGCUUCAACGCAGACGCGCAGCGCCGUGCUCAAGGGGCACCCAACCCAGAGUGGCUGUACGAUUCUACGGUUGGCGGUGGCGCUGGCGGACUUCCUGCGAAGUCACCUUCGGAGCAGCGGCACCAGUACCAAUUCGAUGCAGAGAAGCAGCAGUUCUACGAAGCGGAUGUGCGGCCCCAACUUCAACCUUAG